AUGAAUGUACAAGAUAGAAAAAGGAUACUGGGUCCAAAUAACGCGAAGGCCAUAAAAUUUGACCUUGAACCAACGCAAGCGAAUGCAACUCCAUCACAGGAUAUUGAACACCAGGAACGAUCUGUUUUUAUACAGGACGGCCUAGUAAUCAAUGCCAAUGGUUCUUCAUAUCUGGAAUACAAAGAUACUUCCCAUCAUGCCUUGCUUAUCACAUCCGUUUAUGGUCCACGCCCGAUCCGUGGGUCUUUCACAUCCAAAGCGGCACUCACUGUACAAUUUAAACAAGUUACUUAUGAAAAGUGGAAUACAGGAGAAAUAACAGAAUUUUGCAACUUUUUGAAGAACGUAUUUAAUUCCGUGAUAAGGCUCGACAAGUAUCUAAAAUCGGGGAUCGAUAUUUCCUUGAACUUAAUUCAAUAUAGCGCUACCAACGAUGAGAGAGAUUUAAACCUAGCUUCAAUACUACCGUACUGUAUUAAUGGUAUUACUGUAGCAUUGGUAAAUGCAGGUAUUGAAAUAGCAGAUUUAGCAAGUGCUGGUAAGCAUGAGGAUACUAUUGUUGCAUUUAUAAAAAACGGAGAGGAAAUAGUUGGCUUUUGGCAUGACAGUCAGAAUUGCGAAAUACCUGAACUAAUCGAUGCUUGUCGUGAAGAUUACUUUAAACAAAGGGAUUCGAUAGUUGCAUACCUAAUGUCAAAGACUAAAGAUAAAUAG